AUGCAGCCUCAGAUGGACUUCAUGUGCUCAUCAGUGUUGGUGUUGGGUGGAUCAAUUGACCAUCCACAAGAGCCGGAUACAGGGAAAUGUUCCAUAGCAGCUGUGGUGGCUGUCAUAGACCAUGACAAGGGUAAGUAUGCAGUCCAGGUCCUGCCUCAACCCGUGCAACAUGACAUAUACCAACUAAAGGUCAUUACCAUAAGGCUAUUGUUGGAGUACUACCGUUUAAUGAGGUGCACGAAGCCGCAGCGGAUUAUCAUGUACCGGAUAGGGAUCCCAGAGUCUUACUUCUCCACUGUGGUUCCCAAGGAGGUGGCAGCAAUACAUGCUGCUUGUGAUGAGGUACAGGAGGACACAAACUACAACCCUCAAAUCACAUACAUUGUCGCCGAGAAACAACGACAAACAAGGUUUUUCUGUAAGGAGGAGGACAGUGCAGGAUCAGCGGGUAACAUUGCCCCUGGCACUGUGGUCGACAAUGACAUCACACAUCACACAUACCGGGACUUUUACCUCUGCUCUCACUUGAGUGAAAAGAGUACAAGCCUACCUACUCAUUACUUUGUGUUGUUGGAUGAAAACAAUCUGACCAUGGACCAAGUGGAGGUGCUGACAUAUAUUUUGUGUCACCUCAAUGCCCGCUGUGCUCACUCAACCUCUUUACCAAUGCCCAUAGUUUAUGCUCAACUGGCUUCUGAAAGCUCACAGCUCAACCUGGUAGCGAGAGGGCUUGGGGGAUAUGGCUACAGUGAUGAUUCUAACUUAGCAACAAUGCCACCAGCAAUGUAA